CGAACACGCUUUGUUCGAACGCGCCGGUUCGAAAGUGCUUGUUCGAGCUAAUGUUCAACAAAGUUUAACAAAACAAUUAGCGCAUCACAACAGAAUAAACGAUUCGUUGAUAUAAUAUGAGAAUAACAAUGAAAUCAAGAGAAUCCAUCCCUAACCAAAGUAUUCUGCUCCGUUACUUUAUCUCCGCCGUCAGUGUUCAGGUGGUCCUGCAAUUGAUUUACAUCGAUUUUCGCAUCUCGUCCACACUGACGCACAACAUCUUCCAUUCCGCACCGGACGAAACCUCCGCCAACCAUACUUCUCUAAGAGAUGUUUCCGGGCAAGUCGGUGUCUCCCACCACGACACGGGAGCGAUUCCCACCAUCGAGGCUCUGGCCAGUACCACCACCUUUUCGUCCACCCUCGGAAAUCUCUACAUGAAAUACGGCAAAGAGAUUGCCGACUACCGACCGAUCAUGCGGAAAUGGUGCGAGGAAACCAAAUCUUGCAAGUUUGGGGACUACGAGGUGGAGAUGCUCUACAUGCUAGUCCGGGAGCACAAGCCCCAGAACGUCUUCGAGAUGGCCCCCAACCGUGGGUACUCCUCCCACUGGAUCCUCCACGCCCUCCACCUCAACGACGCGACCUCUAAACUGCACUCCUUUGACAUUCACGACACCAGCACCAAAUUCAUGAGUCCCGACUAUCAAGCCCGGUGGGUCUUUACUUUGGGAGACUAUUCCGAGCUCUACGAUGAGGGCAAACUGGAAAUGGACGGGUAUGACUUUUUGUUUGUCGACGCACUCCACGAGCCGGAAUUUGCCCGGGGAUACUGCCAGCGCCUCUUUGCGAACCACAUUCGUCCCAACACGGUGGUGGCCAUCCACGACAUUGUCGCAGAUUCUUCGGGCAGGGGGCGGGAGUCGGAGGAGGUCUACAAGUACCUGGCCAUGGCGAACAACGCCAGGAAUGUCUUUACGUACUCCCGGUUCGCCAUGCCCAACUCUUUGUACGCCCCGCAAACCGACAUUGUCUUGCCGAAGAUCAACAAGAUCCGGUCCGACCUGGGGAUCAUUCCGGACUGCGGGACCCCAGAGAACUGCGCCAAGCACGAUCAGGGUUUUAUGUAUUUCGAAAACAACGACGCCCCGACGAUUUUCUUCACGCUCAACUGAUGAAGAAAUAUAUGGAUGGUUACAAC